UUGAAAUUGGGGUUAGAAUGUAAGACACAAUAUUCAGCAUUUAAAUUGCUGACUCACCCUCUCAUCAUGAGGGACAAAAGUGGAAAAAUUCAAACGUUCGAUAAUAUUUGUGCUUUGGCUCGCUAUACCACUUUCUUCCAUUUUGACACCACACAAAAUUUCCAUCUUAUCAUCCUUUUCUAAUGGCCCCAACAAAGUCCAAGGUAGCCAUCAUUGGCUCAGGCCUCGCAGGCUUAACUCUUGCUCUUGCUUUGCACCAGCAGAACAUCCCAGUCACUGUGUAUGAAUCUCGACCUGCACCGUUGAAUAUCGGGGGUGCUGUCAUGCUUUCUCCCAAUGCGCUCCGGGUUCUUGAUAAUCUAGGUAUUUACGAUAUUUUCAAGACCAAGGGUUACAACUUCACGCAUUUGGAGUAUAGAGACUUGGAAGGCAACUUGACAGAAACGUAUCCAUUUGGAGGAAAGGAAAAGUACGGGUAUGACGGAUUGCGGAUCUACCGUUAUGUUCUCAUCGAGGAAUUAGUAGCAGCGUUGAAAGAGAAGAGCAUCCCCGUACAUUACGGAAAGAAAUUCACACAUGUAGUGAAAGAUACAGUGGAAGAAGGAGUGGUCUUCGCCUUUGCUGAUGGUACCACUGAAUCCGCCACCCUCCUCGUUGGUGCUGACGGUAUUCAUUCAACCGUGCGGCGAUACCUGUAUCCCGACUUGGAGACAAAGUUCAUUGGCAUGGCAGGCAUCACAGCUGCAGUACCAACUUCCCAGCUGAAGCUGCCCCCUGGCUACUAUUUACCGGUCACUAUCACGUCCCCAAAGGGGGCAUUUGUUAUUGCUCCUCAGCAGCCCGAUGGCUCCGAGGUUUUGAUCGGGAAGCAGCAACGCGUCAUUGCACCGGACCAACCCGGCUGGGAUCGCGAAUUUGUCUCUGACAAGGAAGGGGCUAUUAAGUUUCUUCAAUCCGAUACAAGUCACUUUCCUGAAUUUAUACAAAACGCUGUCUCGUACAUUGAUCCUAAGAAAGUCAAUAAAUGGCCAUUCUUCAUCGUACCCAAGCUGGAGAAGUGGGCUUCAGAGACACGCCAGGUAAUUAUUGUUGGUGAUUCAGCUCAUGCCAUCCCUCCCUCUGCCGGACAAGGCAUCAACCAGGCUUUUGAAGACGUUUACAUUCUCGCCCUGAUACUUAGCCGUGAGAAGCGCAUCAAAAGUUUGCAAGAUGCACUGACUUUCUGGCAGAGUUAUCGUCAAGAGCGAGUUGAUAAAAUUUUGGAACUGAAUCAACAAAUCGAUCUGCGCCGCAUGCCUUCGAAUGAUAAGGUUGUCGGUGUGGAUAGUGGCGUUGUCAAAGCGGAAUUUGACCUCACCUGGCUAUACAAUCCUAACUUCCCGAAGGUUGUUAAUGAUUGGGUAUCUCAGCAGGAGUAAUAUGAUAGAUAUUAUUCAGUGAUGAGACUUUAUUAGAUUGAAGUCUAGAUUAUAGUAUUUUCGCUUAGGUUUCUUAAUCUCAUACUGCUUCUUCAUU